UGUCUUUCUCUGCCUUUCCUGUCAGCUCCCUCAGGCACUGGAAAGCCAAAAUCGGAUCACCCCAAAGCUUCUCUUCUGUAACCCUAGCUCCCUCAGCCUUUUCAGAUGGUUGUUGUCUAAUGAACAGGAGAAAACCUUGCUUUAUUGGAGCUGUAUUGGGCAUUCUCUGAGGAACAGCUCCUCAGACUUGUUCAUAGAGCAAAACGCAGUGCUUGCAGCACACAUGAGGGGAAGUGUUUGUUUUUGGAGACAGAUCUGUAGCCAGGUGACUCAAACAUCACCUCUGUGUUCCUCCCCUGGUACCUUUACCCUUAAAAUGCUGGCUUUUGUUUUUGGCUGAGUCCGUGGAACCAGAAAAACUGCCUGGCUGUGCCUUUUGGAAGAGCAUGGAAUGACCCUUGGGAGUGCUGGAUAUGCAUGAGCCCUGAGAGCUUGCAGGCUAAAAAUCUGCAAGGUCCUGACUGUCACCACCGAGCAGCCUCAGAGUGGCUGUGGUGUGGGCUGCAUCACCCUCGAUCUCUCUUACAAAAAUAAAAUCAGCAAUAUCCACUUCAGCAGAGCAUUUUGAGCUUUACAGCCAGAGCACUGUGUCUUUAUUUUCACAGUUUGUGUCAGUGGGACCUGCUGAAAUAUUCUUUUCGAGGACUCGAGCCAGCAAUCCCAGACCUAAUGACCCUAAACCCCCCAGCACCCUCAUUCAGACAACUUUAUCUCGUUUUGAUGCACUAAAAGAACAAACAGCACCUGAUUCCCACGGAGGCAAUCAGGAAGCAAAACACCACCCCAUCAAUUGCGUGGGGCGAUUUUUGAACUCCUGCCUUUUACCCCCCAGUGCAGGAGGGCCCAUUUCGUGCUGUGAGCAGUGAGGUGCCCGCGGAGCUGUCCCUGGGUGCUGUCCCUGCCGGGUGGGUGCUCGGGGGCUGAGGCUCCUGUGCCCGUCCAGGGUGCGAUGUCGGCGCGGCGGGCGCUGAAGGCUGUGCUGGUGGAUCUCAAUGGCACCCUCCACGUCGAGGAUUCUGCCAUCCCAGGCGCCCAGGAGGCUCUCAGGAGGCUGCGCAGUGCCCCGCUGACCGUCCGCUUUGUCACCAACACCACCAAGGAGAGCAAGAGGGACCUGCUGGAGAGGCUGACGGGGCUGGGCUUCGACAUCGCCGAGCAAGAGAUCUUCACCUCGCUGACAGCAGCCAGGAACCUCCUGGAGCAGCAGCAGGUGCGGCCCCUGCUCCUGGUGGAUGAUAAAGCCCUGCCUGAUUUCGCAGGGAUUGGCACAGAUAACCCCAAUGCAGUGGUGGUGGGACUGGCUCCUGAGCACUUCCACUACGAGAUGAUGAACAGAGCCUUUCGGUUGAUUUUGGAGGGGGCGCCUCUCAUAGCAAUCCAUAAAGCCAGGUAUUUCAAGAAGAAGGAUGGGCUGUGUCUGGGACCUGGACCUUUUGUGGCAGGGCUGGAGUAUGCCACAGACACCAAAGCCACCGUGGUGGGGAAGCCAGAGAAGACUUUCUUCCUGGAGGCUCUGCGGGGCACUGGCUGUGCCCCCGAGGAGGCUGUCAUGAUUGGAGAUGACUGCAGGGAUGAUGUUGGUGGUGCCCAGCAGGCAGGAAUGCGUGGGAUUUUGGUAAAUACCGUCCAGCAGAUGAAAACAAAAUCAACCCGGCUCCCUACUUAACCUGUGAGAAUUUCCCAGAGGCAGUGGAACAUAUCCUGAAGCAGAUGCUGUGAGAAAAGGAACAGCUAGCUUGAAGAAACAUCUGUUCACACCAUUUCCUUCAUUCUUGCUUCAAAAAAUAAGGUCCCAAGAUCAGUGCAUGUGUGGCAUCCAUCAGAAACCACCCUGGGCUGUGAGGGGCAGGGGAUCCGUGUGGGCCCAGCACAGUCACACACACAGGGAACGUGGCAGUGUUUUCUUUCUUUCACUUUUCAAAGAAUACCUGAUGAAAAGCCCUGUCUGGAAAGCGUCACCUUCUGCAGAAUAAGUUAAACUGAAAACAUGCACUGAAAACACUCAAGUAAGUAAAGCUCAAACACCAACAGAGCCUCAGUGGGCCUGUGGUGAUUUCACUGACAUCUGUGCUGUGCUCUGACCUAAAGGUAGAGAUUAUGCACAUUUAGAAGUGACUCUUAAAUGAAAAUAUCACCAUUGUUUAAUAAUAACUACUGUGGCUGUCUUUCAUUAGAGCAGAUCCUGUUAUUUGCUUUUCGAAUUUUACAUAAAAUUAAAAAACUGUCAGCAUUUUACAGAUGUUUUAAUUAGAUGCCGUUAUUAAAAAGAAUGAUACAGAAACAAAACUCUGGUAUUAAAUGCCUUAGAGACUGUGACUUUUUAAAAUUAGGCUUCAGCAGGGUCCUAUUAAUGCUACAGUUGCAAAAUUUCACUGUUGUUGGGGAUCUUUUUGUUUCUUUUUAAUGUUAUGGAAAAAAUCCUUCACAAGCCAUGGGGACAGAUUCCAGUUUUUACAGUUGGUUAGUAGAGCUGUAAAAUGAAAUUUAAUUCUGUAGCGUGCAAUGCUUUUCCUAUGCACUACAUCCCCCAAUAUGAACCAACUUUGUAAUGAUGGUAAAUGGCUUUUCUGGUCCAUUUGCAAACCGUAAUAAUCAAAGUCCUUUACAGUUGUUUUACAGUGCUCCUGUGUGUUAAAUUAUUAGAUUGUAAUUAUGCAUUACUGGAGUAUUAACCUUAUUGAAAAUACAGUUUUGUGUUAAUGAGC